GAGCUUGCUGCCAAGACGACGCACGAGGCGGGAAAGGCGUUACCCCGGCAACCGAGGCCUAGGGAAGUGUGGUGGCAACAGGGAGAGAAGAGAGGCGAGCAGAGCGACAGAGAGAGAGAGAGAGAGAGAGAGAGAGAGACAGCAAGAGACAGAGAGAGACAGAGAGAGACAGCCAUGUUCAAGAACACCUUCCAGUCCGGCUUCCUGUCCAUCCUGUACAGUAUAGGGAGCAAACCUCUCCAGAUAUGGGACAAGAAGGUGCGGAAUGGACACAUAAAGAGAAUUACGGACAAUGACAUCCAGUCUCUGGUCCUGGAGGUGGAGGGAACAAACGUUAGCACUACAUAUAUCACUUGCCCCGCUGACCCCAAGAAAACGCUCGGCAUCAAACUCCCCUUCCUAGUGAUGAUCAUCAAAAAUUUAAAGAAAUAUUUUACGUUCGAGGUGCAGGUAUUGGACGACAAGAAUGUGCGCAGAAGGUUCCGGGCGAGUAAUUAUCAGAGCACGACGCGGGUCAAGCCGUUCAUCUGUACGAUGCCAAUGAGACUCGACGACGGCUGGAACCAAAUACAGUUCAACCUCUCCGACUUCACCCGCCGGGCGUACGGGACCAAUUACAUAGAGACACUCCGCGUGCAGAUUCACGCCAAUUGUAGGAUCAGGAGAGUCUAUUUCUCUGAUCGGCUGUACUCCGAGGACGAGCUCCCAGCCGAGUUCAAACUCUACCUCCCCGUCCAGACCAAGAACAAGCAAUGAUCGCCCGGCAGCCUUACACCCUGCCUGGAAAUUGAACCCGGGCGCGGCGGUGAGAGCGCCGAAUCCUUUACCACGAUGUACAUGUUGUAACUACAAUUUUGGUUACUCGUUAAUGAUUGGAAGACACACGAGAGGUCUGGAAGUUAUCCCACCGUUUUUGUUUAUUGUUAUUUGUACUUGAAUGUUUUUACCGGAUAUAAUGUACAUGUUGUAACUACAUGCUUCCAAUUUUGGUUAUAAUGUCUGAAAAUGUGUACUGUACUAUGUCUUUGUG